AGGCCGGGAGUCUGAGCUGCACAUGAGCACCUGUCAUUGCCUCUAGCAAGAGCACUAAGAACUUGGCACACAGUAAACGUGUGGACGUUGCUUUCUGUGGAUAUUAAAAGCUUGUUUUAGUCUUUACAAUGGAUCUCUCUCUGCACACCAUUCUGCUGAUCUCUGCAACAUUCUGUGUGUUUGUUGAAGAAGGAUUUGGACUACCCCUCUUCCAAACAUCAGAAACCCAGAGCUUUUCUUCUACAGCCGCAAGGGUUCGAACCAAACGCUGCUCCUGCAGUAACUGGAUGGAUAAGGAAUGCAUCUACUUUUGCCACUUGGACAUAAUCUGGGUCAACACACCUAGUAAGAUCACCCCGUAUGGCCUCGGAAGUCCUCUGUCUCGUCGGCGGCGCUCCACCGGGCGUUGCGAAUGUGCCAACCCCAACGAUCCUACCUGUUUCACUUUCUGCCACACCAGCUCAAUGGACCCAAGCCUAGUGAUUGUGAGUCCACUUGAUCCUGACGUGGGCGAUGUGGAUAAAACUGACAAAGAUCUCCUCACAUAUUUCAGGCAAGUUGCCAAGGUGAAUCUCCUCGCAGCCGAGCAUUCUUCUGUCUCAAGAAAAAAGCUGAUCAAGACCAACAAAUCUUGAGCCAGCCAGAGAAAGAUGCAGAGCAAUAAGAAACAAAGGAUCAAAAUCUUCCCAGGAAGACAUGUCAUUCCUUGGUAAGAAACUGAUGCCCUUGAGAGGAUCUCUUCUGCUCAAAACUGGGCUAUGACUAGAAGGACAAUUGAGAGAAAGUUCUCUCAGAAGACAAUGGAAGACCUAAGAAUGCUCAUGGGGGAAAAAAAAUACAUCUAUUAAAUAUACUGACAGUGUUAAAAGGAAAAGACUUAAGGCAUUCAGGGCCACAAUUAAUACACAGAAACGUCACGGAUCAGAGAAGCAGUGGAAUGUCUGGAAAUGCCUAUUUGAAUAGAAGUGUGCCUUGUGUUGUUUUACAAUUGGAGGAAUGGAGCACCUUGAACACCUGUGAAAUGGUGGCCUUUCCAAAGCAAGGAAUGUUAAGCCAAACCGCAAAAAAACAAAACACCCCCCCCCCCCC